AUGUCCACUACUCCGGAUCGCCAUUGUGCGUCCAUAAAGCUGAAAUCACCACGAACAGCCAAUUCGUUGGAAAACAUAGCAUCGCUGAGAUUUAAAACGGCUAUCGCUAGCAUUGUUGAAAACCAUUCCAAAUGGAUACAAGCAGCUGAAAAAGGCAUGGUGUAUUGCAAUUCUAUAAAAAGUAUUAGAAAAAACAUGUUGCAAAAAUCCGCCGAUGUGAAUAUUUAUCCUGCUAAUUUACGCAACUACUGUAAACAGCUAUAUAUUUUGACUUCAAUUAUGGACGAUAUCUUAACAAACGCAGAAUCUAUAUCAACUCAAUUGAAAUCGUUGCAAGAGUGUUUCUGCGAUAGUGAUAUUAUCGGUUGCACGUGGAAUUGUAAGCAAAUAUUAAGUGUAGUUCAAAUAAUAGUCAAGUCUUAUAGACAAGAAUUAGCUUCUAGGAAAUAUGUUGUAGAAAACAUCGGUCACACUCAAUCCUUGGAUCAACUGAUGUUGUUCACGAUCAACUGGAAACAUAAAAUGGAUGUCGAACGAGAACGAGAAAUACUCAUCAAGAUGCUGAUGUUUGAACUAAACCUGGUGUGACUGUGAAUUAUCCAACGCAUAGAAUAAAACAUGAAAUAUUUUUCAGACACGUUCGUAGCUUUACAGUUAUUGAAUCUAUAUUUACUUAUAGUACUACUAUCACAAAAAUAAAACCAGUCGGUACGACCGAAUCCACGGCCACACGUGCCCUGCACCGUCUAGCACUGUUUGGUUUAUUUUCACACGUUCGUAUGUAUUGCGAGCUGUUAUGUUACUAGUAUACCUAUCUAUACCGUAUCGCGAUGCCUCAAUGCAAUAAUGCAAUAAUGACUACUAAAAAUGCUAGAAAUUCUGAACUGUUAUCGAUUUGCUGGGCAUAAUUAUGAUUUUAACUGAAAUAUGU